AUGUCUUUUCAAGAACCUGUUGAAUUUUGUAAAGCUACCAUCCCUGGACUGGGGACGGUGGACGGGUUGGAGUAUGCCAACGGCGUCCAGCAGUUCUGUGGUAUUCCUUAUGCGCAUCUCUCCAAGCGCUGGACCCGGUCCACAUUAAGAAUGAGCUGGGAAGGAGGUCAUCAUGAUGGAACAAAAUUGGGCAACGAUUGUCCAAGUCCAAUUGUCGAAGGAGAUGAUGCCGAUGACUUGGUCCCUGUUCCUCCACCAGCACACUUCUCCGACUCACGAGUCGUAGACGAAAAGUCCGCACUCGUUAUGAACAUUGUAAUUCCUCAUUCCUGGAAUCCUGACAAAAGCUAUCCCGUCUUUGUCUACGUCCACGGCGGCUCUCUGCUGUACGGGGGCGCAAAUCUGCCAAUCUUCGACGCAGUGAACCUGGUUUCCCAUAGCAUCUCAAUCGACCUGCCAAUUGUCUGCAUAAACUUCAAUUACCGAGUCGGUAUCGGCGGUUUUCUCGCCGGGAAGAUUAUCGCCGAUGAGCUCAGAGAAGACGGACAUGCCGGCAGUGGAAACUUCGGCUUCACAGACCAACAAGUCGCUUUGGAAUGGGUCCAGCGAUACGUCCAAUUCUUUGGAGGUGAUCCUCAUAAUGUCACUGCGGUGGGUGAGUCUGCUGGCGGUAUCUCGAUCAGCAAUCAGUUGCUCGCAGCGAAUCCGUCAGUAUUCCAUCGAGCGGUAUGCAUGUCCGGUCUAUCUGCAGCUAUUCCAGCAUGGACGAUAGAACAACAUGAUCGCUUCUUCGAAGCUGUUUGCCGUCAUUUCGAGAUUGAUCUUUCGACGCCCGAAGCUUUGGAUCAGCUUCGUUCUAUUCCACAGCAAGAACUUGCAAAUGCAACCCCAGCUAUUCAGGGUGUUCCCUCAGGCACGGGGAAUCCGUGUCUAGACGGAUGGUUCUAUCGUUCUGAACUCAAUCCCAGAGAUGUCAACAGCCCGCCAGCUUGGCUGAAAAGUUAUAUGUUUGGCGAUACCUAUCAUGAGGGUGUUAUCUUCCAUUUGAACCUGCUGGAAGAUGACUACCAAUCUGUCCGCCGGGUUCUUGCAGAUCAUAUCAACGAUGAAGCUCGUACGGCCCAAAUCUUAGAGGCGUAUGGGAUCACCAUUGAUUCUCCACAGGAUGAAUUUUUGGCUCGCGUGGAGCAUAUGUGUGGUGACGCGAUUUUCAAGAUCCCGAACUACCUGCUUUCUCGGACAGCGAAACAGUCAUCGUUUUUCUAUCACUUUGAUCAGCGGUCACGUAUUCAAAAUGCUUUUCAAGGCACGGCUUAUCACGCUCAUGAGCUGCUUUAUCUUUUUAUGAACUUGGAAGAUGAGUUUAAUGAGGAGGAGAAGCGGAUGGCUCGUGAAUUUUCCUCAGCUUGGAUUCGAUUCGCAAAUGGAUUGGCACCGUGGGAUGUGGAGACUGGGGAGCGCAAAUGGAUGGUUUGGGGACCGGCCAGUAAAGUAGAGUUGAAAGAUGAGGUGGAAGAUCAAGAAGUUCGUGAUUACAAGCGUAUAACUUGGAUCCUGCAGCUGGACGAAGGGGAAUGUUGGAAAAGGUGGCUGGCUGGGGUGGAUGCACUGGUCAAUCAUAGGUUGAAGCUAUUCGGUAGCGCUUGGAUAUCAAAAUGA